AUGGAAACGAACAUGAAGAAGUUCACGGUGCGCAGGUUUUUCUCUGUCUAUCUCCGCAAGAAAUCGCGCUCGAAGAGCUCCAGUCUCAGGAGCUUUGAGGAAGAAAGCAUCGUAAAGGAGAUAGACAUCAGUCACCAUGUCAAAGAAGGUUUCGAAAAAAGCAGAUCCCUCUCAAUUGAGCUCCUGAAAGUAUUGGGACAAGGCUCUUAUGGAAAGGUAUUUCUAGUGAGAAAAAUCAAAGGUUCUGAUACUGGGCAGCUCUAUGCAAUGAAGGUACUUAAGAAAGCAACUCUAAAAGUCCGAGAUCGUGUACGAUCAAAAAUGGAAAGAGACAUUUUGGCUGAAGUGAAUCACCCUUUCAUUGUAAAACUUCAUUAUGCUUUUCAAACAGAAGGAAAACUAUAUCUCAUACUAGAUUUCCUGCGAGGAGGGGACCUUUUUACCAGACUUUCUAAAGAGGUAAUGUUUACAGAAGAAGACGUUAAGUUCUAUUUAGCUGAGCUGGCCUUGGCUUUAGAUCAUCUUCAUGGUCUGGGUAUUAUAUACAGAGAUUUGAAACCAGAAAACAUUCUUCUAGAUGAAGAAGGGCACAUUAAGAUUACAGAUUUUGGCCUGAGCAAGGAAGCCAUUGACCAUGACAAGAGAGCUUAUUCGUUUUGUGGGACGAUAGAAUACAUGGCUCCAGAAGUGGUCAACCGGCGAGGGCACACCCAAAGUGCAGAUUGGUGGUCCUUUGGUGUCCUAAUGUUUGAAAUGUUGACAGGGUCACUACCAUUUCAGGGGAAAGACCGAAAGGAAACAAUGGCACUCAUUCUCAAAGCCAAGCUAGGAAUGCCACAGUUUUUGAGCAUAGAUGCUCAGAGUUUGCUGCGAGCUCUUUUCAAGAGGAAUCCAUCUAACAGAUUAGGUGCUGGCCUUGAUGGAGUUGAAGAAAUUAAACGCCAUCCCUUUUUUGCUACCAUUGACUGGAAUAAACUGUACAGAAGAGAAAUCAAACCACCCUUUAAACCUGCAGUGGGUCGGCCAGAGGACACUUUCCAUUUUGAUCCUGAAUUCACAUCACGGACCCCAACAGAUUCCCCAGGUGUCCCUCCAAGUGCCAAUGCUCAUCAUCUCUUCAGAGGAUUCAGCUUUGUGGCAUCCAACUUGGGGCAGGAACUUGUACAGCAAGAACCACAUAAAGUCACAGUUCAUCCAAUUGUUCAGCAGUUACAUGGGAACAAUAUUCACUUUACAGAUGGAUAUGAAAUCCGGGAAGACAUUGGCAUUGGCUCGUAUUCUGUUUGCAAGAGGUGUAUUCACAAAGCCACAGAAACAGAAUUUGCAGUAAAGAUAAUUGAUAAGAGCAAGAGAGACCCUUCAGAAGAAAUUGAGAUUCUUCUGAGAUACGGACAACACCCAAACAUCAUUACUCUCAAAGAUGUGUAUGAUGAUGGAAAAUUUGUAUACCUUGUGAUGGAACUGAUGCGAGGAGGAGAACUCUUAGAUCGAAUCCUGCGACAGAAAUGCUUCUCUGAACGAGAGGCUAGUGCCGUUCUCUGUACCAUUAGCAAAACUGUGGACUAUCUCCAUUCCCAGGGAGUUGUUCAUCGAGAUCUGAAGCCUAGUAAUAUUUUGUACGUGGACGAAUCAGGGAACCCAGAGUCUAUCAGAAUGUGUGAUUUUGGAUUUGCCAAACAACUGAGAGCUGAGAAUGGUCUACUAAUGACACCAUGUUACACAGCCAAUUUUGUAGCACCUGAGGUCCUGAAACGGCAGGGUUAUGAUGCAGCCUGUGAUAUCUGGAGUUUGGGGAUUUUGCUGUAUACCAUGUUAGCAGGAUUCACCCCUUUUGCAAACGGACCAGAUGAUACCCCAGAGGAAAUUCUGGCUAGAAUUGGCAGUGGAAAAUAUGCUCUAGCAGGAGGGAACUGGGAUUCCAUAUCUGAUGCUGCAAAGGAUAUUGUGUCAAAAAUGCUUCAUGUAGAUCCCCAUCAGCGCUUAACAGCAACACAAGUUUUAAGGCAUCCAUGGAUAGUAAACAGGGAGUAUCUCUCCCAGAAUCAACUCAGCAGACAAGAUGUUCACCUUGUAAAGGGUGCCAUGGCAGCCACCUACUUUGCUUUAAACCAAACGCCUCAAGCACCAAGGCUGGAACCGGUAUUGUCCUCCAACCUGGCCCAGCGAAGGGGGAUGAAAAGAUUGACCUCAACGAGGUUAUAAUGGUCCCAAAAAGGCCUGUUUAAAUAAAAAGGAAACACUUGCCCAAUAUAUUGAUCAGAGAGGCUGAUCUAUAUUGUUAAUGUUGCAGGACUCCUGGCACAUAGAUUGUUUUAAUCAGCAAAACUUCAGUUUAAGGCAAAGUUGCUCUUUGCUUUCAGACAUUUUGGGGUUGUUUUUUACAUUACCAGCAAGAUGGCAAAUACUCAGAAAUGUGCCAUUUUUCCAACUGCUGUAUUGCUUCUUAUUUAAGUACUGUAUCUAUUGCUGAUAUUGUGUUCUCUCCUCUCCUCCUUUAAUCCAAAUGCUCUGUGAGACCACUUUUUGUAACAGAUUCAAUUUUAGACAUCAGCUCUACCAGCAUCUAUGUUUGGUGUUUUGUCACCACUGUUAUUAGCUGUCUCCAAAGAGUUGAAGAUGUAAUGAUGUGCGAGACCAUAAAAAUAAUAUCCUAUGAGGAAUGAAGAAGAGGUGGGGAGAAGAGCUGGAAACAUACCUAUGUUAUUAAAGGAAAAGAAUUAUUUUUAUGGCUUUGGACCAUAUGAAAGUAUAGAAAGGAGAUUAGAGUUGUGUUCAUCGACAAACAACCUUGAAGCAUCCUAUCUGAUAAGGCCUCUUUUCUUUAUCAAAAAUGCACAAUCUCAUCUCGGACAUAGGGAUUUUUUUAAAAUGGAAAGUGGCUGUGUAGUUGGUUGCACCUAAACACUAUACAUAUAGACUCAUCUGGAAGUUAGAGAGGGAACUAGAAGAUAGGACUUCAAUGCUCUUCUUCCAUUGACACAUUCAUAUCUACAUGAAUGAAUACAAGCACUGUGCUUCAUAAGCUGUUACAGAGUUUCCUAUUAUAUCAACUCGAGAUAGUGAUCUUUUGUUUACUGGUUUGAUGUUAAAAUAAUAGCUUAUUGUGACAGGCUAAUAUAAAACAAUGUACUGCCCAAGAGAAAAAGAAAUUGCAGAAGAGCUUCAGCAAGCAAAGUUUGUAUUAUUUCUUGUAUCAAAAGAAGCAAGCAUGUAUAUAAUUUCCUUAAAAAUCUUGAAAGAUGAUUGAAAAAAACUGGUACAUUUUAUGUCACUGACACUUCAUAACCAUAAUUAACUCAGAUGGCUGUAACCAAGUGCAGUUUUAAGCAUGCUCAAUAGUACAAUCCUAUACUUUUUUACUCAGAAGUAAGUUUCAUAAUGUGACUUUUCUCAAGUAUGUUGGCAUAGGAUUGCACCCUAAACCUUUGGAAUCUGUGGCCUUUGGAGCAUUCAGUUCUGAAUUGCAUUCUAAGGAUUGUAUAAGCACUUUACUUGACUUUUAUUUUCAGAAUGGAUUUUUCCACCUGCUGAAAGUGUGCGGGAGAAGCUGCAUCGUUUGUCAUUUAUUCUUGGGGAGAAACUGUGAAGUCAGGGUAUUGCAUUCUACAGAACUUUUGUUGUUGUUGUUGUUGAGAAGUAACACCAUUUUUGGUGCUAAGCAUAAUUUGAGAGAUUUGUAUUAAUUGAGCCUGCAUACACAAAAGAGCAAGAAACUGCAUUAGCUACUGUAGUGUGCUUCUUGAUGUUUGUUUCUGUGUUCAACAAAACGUUAUAUUUAUUUUAUUUUGCCCUUAAUUUUUAAAUUAUAUUUUAAUGUACAUUUUGAUGUGCUGUGCACACAGGACUGCAGCAGAGCAGCUGUUCUUCAAGUUUGACUUUUCAAAUAAAAUAGUGCUGGGAAACACCAUAAAGUGAGUUUUCUUAAAUAUAGAAAAAAAAAUACGAAAAUGCUUUGGGUAUUAGAAAUUCUGAAUGUGUGGUCCUGUUUAUCUGUUGGUAACAGAAUGGAAUGUUCGAAGGCUUUCUCACC